AUGACAGCCUCAGAAGUCGUCACCCAGAAUGCCAUCCCCCCACCCCUGCCUAGACAGUUCUCCCUGCUUCGUGCCAACACAAGCAGAGACACUACAAAGUGUCCUGCAUCGUCGAGGGGUGCCAGUGGAGGCUCGGCGGAGGUCAGACACCAGCCCCAGGACCAACAGGCAGUUUUCGCGUUUGGGCAUUGGCUUGUACUCAGUCCCUUUCAGGGAGAAGACACAUGGCAUCCCUGUUGGACAGAUCCUCAGAGACUCGGAGGCCCUCGAAUUCCAGUGUCUGAGUCCAACCUGGUCCAUGGCAGCAAAGCCUCCUUCAAUUCUCCCUCCAGCCCUCUCUUACCAGCCUCUCGGUUUUCCAGACCUGCCUACCCCAACGGAGCCAAUGAGGCUGAAGUGCCUUUGCCCGCCAAGAGCGGCCCCUCCUCACCCCUCCCACAGAACACAAUAUGGCCAACUGAGUUCCGGUCAAUGAGGGACCGUGACGUAUGGCUUCCUCCCUCCUCACCUGCUUUUUGGACGACGGAUAUCGUAGCUGGAAUUCCAGCAGUCCUACCGACCUGUGAGGAUACCCCACAUCAAGGGAUGGUGAAGCAGAAAGUGAGAGACAACGAGAGCCUCUGCAACCUGUGGAACCCCAAACCAAUCCAGAAAAGCCUGCCUACAAAUUUCUUUUAUAGGAUGAAAAAAUAAUGGCUGCAUAUUGUCUUGAGAUUUCUUACAAA